GGAACAACGAAUUUGUUUGAUAUCCCACCUUAACCCGAGAAGAAAUCUGUAUUUCACUGUUUUCAUAGCAUCAGCUCAACUACUAAAUCGGCUCGGCAGCACCAAUAUCCAAUCACCCCGAAAUUGGAAUCCCAAAGCAUCGUGCUUCUCCGUGCAACCUUGCCAGACGGACAGCGAAAGUUUCAGCAGCAUCAUAUCGUUGGCUUCAACCCUUCUGGCCACGCCCACACUACAAGAACUGUGGUUUCCUGGUCACGUCUGCCUGUCGACCAAGAGAUUUAUCUGACAUAUUUGUCCGUUUCGUCAUUGUCAAGUUCAUCGUCGGCUCUCAGGCACGCGCUCAGACAGGCGUGAAAGCCCCAAGACCAAAUACCUGUUGUCCCUUGCAUCCUUCUUUCUUCACAUCUCACCACCAUCACAUCUGCCAACGCUCCUCUAGCCUGCUUGUCAUGUCGCUACAAGAUGCAUCCAUCAACGCGGGUGGCCACGACCGGGACUUGAAUAAAGACCGACACGGUCGUGGCCAAGGCAAAGGCGCAAAUCGAGGGCAUGGACGAGAUAGAGGUUCCAACAGGGGACAACCACGGACGGUGCAGAUCUCCAAAGCCAUGUCUCGACUUCUACGACAUGCGGCAAUCGAGGAAAAGAUCCCCAUCGACCAGCAGGGCUAUGUUCGCAUGGAUCAUCUACUGAAUUGGCAGAGGCUCCGGAGCAUGACUCCGCCCGUGUCAUUUCAGGACGUUGUCGACGUUGUACAGGAGAGCGAUAAAAAGCGAUACGGACUCAAGCACGUGGGAGCAACGCCAACAGACCAAGAUGGGAGCCCUUCCUCGUCGAAGCCAGCCGCCACUCCACCUGAAUCCGAAUCUACGUCAGAAACAGAAAAGGCCAUCGCCGUGUUUCGAUCUUCCGUGGGCAUGGGCGACGCCACACCAAGUCACUUCUUCAUCCGCGCUACCCAGGGCCACAGCAUGAAGACAGUUGAGGCUGAGAAUCUCCUGACCCCCAUAUCGCUCGAAGAUCCCUCCAGCGUUCCCGAAACCGUGGUUCACGGCACCUUCUACGGUGCAUGGAGGCCCAUUUUGACCACCGGUGGGUUGAAGAGCAUGACUCGAAACCACGUGCAUUUUGCCACAGGGCCGACUAUCGAGACGGUGAUGAAGAAGAUUAGGAGGCCGAACCCGGCCGAAGGAGAUGAUAGACCCCAGAGCAUCGACCAAGCUCAAAGUCAAACUCAAGAUAAAGGUCCAGAACAAGAACAACAACAAGAACAAGAACAAGCUCUAGCGUCAGAACUCGAUCAGAAUAAAGUCAUUAGCGGCAUGCGGUCCGACGCACAGAUUCUCAUCUACAUUGACAUUCGCAAGGCGUUACAGGAUGGGGCGGCCAAGGGCAUCAAGUGGUGGAGGAGUGAGAAUGGAGUCAUCCUUACCGAUGGAAUAUCAAUCGACGAUGAUCAGUCAGACGGUCAACUCAACAAAAUCGUUCCUAUGGCCUACUGGUCCGAGGUCGUCGAGAUCAAGGAGGGCCUGGGCACUUUGUGGAGACAAGGAGAAGGUGUCGUCCAGGAGUUACCCGAUAGAUUGAGCAGCCGAGCUGUUCCCAGGGGAAAAGCUGGCGGGUAUAGAGGGAGAGGUGGGAGGGGGUCAGGAAGAGGGAAGCGCGGUUGA